CUGGCUCUUUCGGACUCGUUCUUGACAAGUUCUGUUGAGCAAGGGUCCGCCGAUAUGCUUCCAGUGGGGUUCGCCGAGAUUGUCAUGCACAAAGAUAUCGCCAACUCGUCCUGCGGACAGUGGGAGAAGAGAUCGUUUAGCGUCCAAGAGAAAGCUACUCCGCAGUUGAAGGAAGCUGCCACCGAAGUUGAGCUAUAUCAAUUUGUCGCUCAGUCAUUCAGAGCAUUUGAGCAAACUGUCCACGAAACAGCGAGCAUUAAUAGCGCGAAGGCGGGCGACCACCUAUGCGAGGCCGCGGCUGAUGGCAGAUCAGACACACUCCUCCGGUCCGACCACGUUCUUCUACCUGGGGAGGUAGCGAACGCUAUGGGGACGGUGUCAGCAAGUGGGAACUUUCUCGACUUUGAGCCGCUUGAAGAAGCAGUAGAUCGACCAAGCGUUCGUGGGGGCAUCGGCAGCCUCCAAGUUAACUCAACCCUUGUCUUUAAGAAGGCAGCAAAGGGCGAUCUUCAUGGCGCCCUGAAGAGAAUAGGCCGCUGUGUCGAGAUUUUCGAGCGUUACCCUGGCUUGUGUCGCAGUAUGAUCGGAUGCCACCUGGCACAUAUGAUGCUGGUAUCUCUGGCAGCGAUUGGUACCCCCAGAGCUCAGGCGAUGCACGACAGGUUGCGGGAGUCCUACAAUUCGUGUUGUCCUUCUGGCUCACGACUCAUACCCCCUUUGGAGGAGUGGCGUGGAUUGGAUGCCUUCUGCGACGAUCUCUAUUGCAGGCAUGGCAAUCGACCUCGUCGCCAACAAGCUCAAGGCUUUCUCAGCGCCACCCGUUAACAGCAUCGACGCCCCCGUGGAAACGGAGGGCACGGAUGCGGACAGAGACAAGGGCGAAACCGCUCACCAAGGCCAAUGGGAGACCCAGAGUAAAAAAAUGUCAGCAUAUCUCGUUUCUGAGAACAAUAUGGGCGCAGUUCCGGUUUGGUCAACUGAGAGUGGACCUGAGGGCUGCAUGCGCCCCACUCUGGUGUCGACAGGACGUAGUCCUUCUUCAGUAUCCUCACACUACCAAUGGCACCGUUUGAAGGAAGAGCUACACUCGGACGGCAUUGAAAACAAGACUGACAACGUGGUCAUCGCUCCCGAGUGGUUGUCAAGGUUGCCAGGAAUGAAUGACGGGGGCGGGGUGGCGGAGGACACGGAGGACGAUAGCAUUGGCGCAGAGGAUUGGUUGGAUGUGACCUAUGCCAUGUUAGAUGUACUUUGAACGGAGCGACAUGAGCCUCCUCGCGGAAGUCACCUUGGGUUGCAAUCGCUGGGUUGGGAAGUAACCAGUGGUGCGUUUUCAUCUCUCGGAUGUGUGGUUGAAUGAUGCUACAACCGUAGUUCCAUCGUCAUACAUGCCUUUGGAGUACCAGCAGGUAGGAAGAAUUUUCAACGUAGGAGCCAGAAUAUUCAGAGAAUGUCACGGUACCCUUCAUGUUGGCUGCUCCGAGUCUCUGCGCUUUCCGCGAAGGCUACCAAGUAGAGACGCCGUCACGGUGACGUGACUUUCAUGCUACGGUAACACGCGAGAUAUAAUCUUUUAAGUAGCCCCUCUCGGUCUUCUUAGCGUGAAGGAGCCCCGUCACAACACGCCGUUUUCUGUCGUCAACCGGUUGGGUCUAGGCUGUGGUUGUUGGUCCUUCUUGCGCUCGGUUGCAUGCACCACUAUAAGAUUAACGUUGGACUGCAACAAUCGCAGCUUCUACAGGCAUCAGUCACGUCGAGUUAGGCAUUCAUUCACGGGCCGAUAGAUCCACGUUGGAAACGCAAUGGGCGCGUGCGGAACCAAGAACAUUUCUUUCGUGCUUUUUUCGGGGAAGCGCU